CUCUCUCUCUCUCUCUCUCUCUCUCUCUCUCUCUCUCUCUCUCUCUCUCUCUCUCUCUCUCUCUCUCUCUCUCUCUCUCUCUCUCUCUCUCUCUCUCUCUCUCUCUCUCUCUCUCUCUCUCUCACACACACACACACACACACCCAGUAACACACACACACAUUUUUCCACACAGACCUGCUCACACAAACACACACACAGACUUUCUCCCUUUCGCACACACACUCUUCUAAACAGCAAUAGAGAGCUCCCCUCCAUCCAGCUGGCUCUAACGGGGAGAUAUUCAGCGCUCCUCGUCGCCAGACAGAACGGUAAUAUAUGACCCUCGCUGCUGCCCGGCACACAUACACACACACACACACACACACACACACACACACACACACACACACACACACACACACACGGACACACGCACGGACACACGCACACAGUUAAAAUACUGAAGGAGUUCUGGAGAGCAGCAGCGGGGCUUGUGGUCACAUCCCUCUCAUCGAUCUCCUGGCCGCUCGCUGCCGUGUUUCCCUUGGAGCGCCGGGCGACCCAAAUGACAGCCCGCUGGCCGCCGCAUCUGUUGACGAUCCGGAGCCGCGGCGCGGCGCCAGGAUGACGAGGCAACGCGGAGACGGCGAAUGAGGGACGUGAGAAAAAAGGCAACAAAAAAAAAAGCAGCGGGACAAACUUCAAACCAUCUGAGCAGCCCGGAGCGUAGCCCACGCUCGUUACCGCCCGUCAAGGAGAGCUCGGUGCUGGAGAGAGGCGAGGAGCCUGCAGGUACCUCACGACACACGUCUGUCCGCCCGCCGCACGUCCGUCUGUCUUCUGUUAUGCCUUCUCCCUGCGUUGCGCCAGCAGCACCGUUUCCCCGGACAGAGAGAGACAGAGAACUGUGAUUUAUGUCGACGGCAGGAAUGACUCGGGCGAGACGUUGCGCCCCGUGGCUCUCGGCGUUCCUCUGCGCGUCUGUCACUCUGUGUUUAGGUGCCCUGGGAGAGGAGAGGGAGGCCGGGGCGCGGGUCACCUGCCGCCAGCCCUGUGAGGAGUUCCUGGGCGUCCUGACGGAGAUCCAGGGCCUGCGCCUGGUCACCAGCAACCUGCUGGAGGACCUGCAGAAAGUGGUCUACGAGAACGAGGAGAUGCGUCUGGCGUUGGCGGAGAUGGAUCGGAACGCCACGGACCGCGACGCCAUGCGGGGCGGCAACGCCGUGGGGUACAGGGACAAGGGGGGAGGGGGAGAUGGGGAGCGGGAGGAGGGGGACGGGGGUGGGGAGGGCGAUGGGGGAGACGGCACCCGGCUACCGGACAGCGGCCGCGCCCGGUUACCGGACAGCGGCCGUGGCCGCGCCCGGUUACCGGACAGCGACCGCGACGGCACCCGGCUACCGGAUAGCGACCGCGACGGCGCCCGGUUACCAGACAGCGACCGCGACGGCGCCCGACAGUGA